UCUAACUGCGUCCCACGGCUCAGUCCGCUUGAGCUUUUCAAGGAAACAAGUGGAUCAGCCGCACUAUGAAAUGAGGCGUGAGGCAGAACUUCGCCCUGUGGUUUUCUUACUGAUUGUGUGGCACUAGUUUAGAUGAGCUGUGCUGCUCUGAAGGUCGGACUCUUUUUGGCUAGGAAGCACCACAGAGAGCUGGUUUGAGAGGUUUUCUGACUUGGAGGUCCAUUAUCGGACAAGUCACUGCGAGGACAUCUCUGUGUGGAUGAAAAUGUUGAAGGUUACCUAAGAUUGCACUGAAACCUCGUGUGGUUCAUAGAUUUGAUCCCAAAUGAAGAUAGAGCUGUUGCUGUCCUAGUGGCAAGAUAUUUCCCUCAUCUUGUGGUAUCAGUGCUUGCAUAAUGCAAGAAGUGUAGCAAUAUCUGGACCACCCUACCAUGUGACUCACAACAAUAACGCCUCCAUCAUAUUCUUAUCUGCUAUAUUGCCUUCAGCGUUAAAGUUUGCUCCUCUGGGAUAAAGAGGAGACACAUUUAGGCACAGCUGAUCUGAAGAGGUCAGUCGCUCCCUGACCCAGAUCCCCUGCAAAGAGGACAUGGAGGUCCUGCGGCGGUCUUCUGUGUUUGCCGCAGAGGUCCUGGAUGUGUUUGAUCGGUCUUUGACUGAGAAGGAGCUGGUGUCCCAGUCCAAAGCGCUGUGCAGAGACUACAUCCUCUCCAGGCUCAACCAGAACGGGUUGGGAUGGUCCAAAACUGAACUCAAUCUCUCUCCUUCAAAUGCGGCGCUCUCCGAGGUGUCUUUGGUGCUUCUCUGUCUCGGUGACGAGCUGGAGUGCAUACAGCCCAGUCUGUACAGGAACGUGGCACGGCAGCUCAACAUUUCUGUUGCCAUGGAGAACAUGGUCUCGGAUGCCUUUAUUGGCGUGGCAACAGAGAUCUUCUCAACAGGUAUAACAUGGGGAAAGGUGGUAUCCAUGUAUGCAGUAGCCGGAGCCCUUGCAGUGGAUUGUGUCAGACAAGGUCAUCCGAGCACAGUUCACAUCUUAGUGGACAGUCUGGGCCAGUUUGUCCGCAAGUACCUGGUGCACUGGCUGAAGAGAAGGGGAGGAUGGGCGGAAAUCACAAAGUGUGUGGUGAAGAAGGAUCUUACCCCUGAACACAACUGGCUCUCCUCCAUCAUAGAGUCUCUGAAGUACUUCCUCACCACAAUGUACGUCUACAUCAUGAAGGAACCGUGAACAACUGAGACACAGGAGAGCACCGGAGUCAUCGUCAUCGUGUUUGAUACGAGAUUGAAAUCUCAGACUUGUCAAUAAAAGAGGGAGUGGAGAUGGUCACACUUCCAGCAGAUAUCGGUUUGUUGCUGAAUGGGCCAUCAGCGAAUGUUUCAUCAGCAUCAUAUUCGUGUUAUCUUGGUGUCAGAUGAGUCUGUGAGUGAUUACCCUUCAUCCAAAGAGUUGUCACAGUGAUACAUAAGAGCAUAUAUGGCAAUGGAACAAGCUUUAUCACUCCACUUCUUCUACAUAUUUCCACACUGUAUACACCAGUGCAGUGCGUCAGCCCUCUCCAGUGUUGUAACUGUAAUGUAUGAUGGUGUUCACUCCUCAGAUAAACAUCUGAUGCUUAAUGCUUGUGUUUGUCUCAGCAAAUACACCCAAAGGAGUGAUGGAAGUGAGAGCUAUUAUGUACGUUUGAUAUAAAAUUUGAUGCUCUGCAUCUGCUCAGCUGGCUGGGUCUGAGUUUUUGUCUAAAUAAAGGUGGAGUUCAGUCUGAAAAGGACUGACAUCAGAUGGAGAAGCAAAUGUAUUUCACUCAGGAGCGAGUUUACACCUAAGAACAAUACCAGGUGGUAUCAACUGCUUACACUUAAUGGGUUUAAUCUAUAUUACUGUACUUUACCAAAGCACAGAAAGUGUCCAAAUAUGAUCCAAAAUGUUGUGAACUAUCAAAAACUUGGCUGCAAUUUUAGACACGAUUUACUAAGUAAUGUUGGGUUGACUUUCAGUUCAUUUUUGGCCAAAGAACUUAACGACAGAGGAAUGGUUUAUCCUGUAUGUGCAGAUUGUGAUGGUAUUGAUUCACUUUUUAAUAUGUAAAUAGUUAAUUUAUGAUUUUAUUUUUUUAUUUGGAUUAUGACUUUUAACAAUUGAAGCCACAGCAGUAUAAAGACGACCACUAAGAUGGCUCUUCAGAACGGUUGUGUUGGUAUGCCCGAUGGUUGUCACUUUCACAGUGUUAAUUUAUAAAUGUGUGUGUCUGAAUGUUUUUUAAAAUCCACAAUAAACGCAACAAAAUCUUCA